UGCAGGGCCAUGACCACACCGGCAGGUUCGGGAGCAGGCUUCGGCUCCGUGUCCUGGUGGGGCCUGUCCCCGGCGCUGGACCUGCAGGCUGAGAGUCCUCCUGUGGACUCCAGGGGCGGUACAGAGCCCAGGACCCCCGAGCUAGAUGUACUGCUGCUGGGCUCCGUGGAUGGGCGGCACCUGCUUCGGACCCUGGCCCGGGCGGCGCUCUGGCCUCGCAAGAGGUUGCACUUCUAUGUGCUAGAGAAUAAUCUGGAAGCUGUGGCCCGACAUAUGCUGAUCUUCAGCCUAGCUUUGGAGGAACCUGAGAAGAUGGGGUUGCAAGAGAGGAGCGAGACCUUCCUGGAGGUGUGGGGGAACGCGCUGCUGCGCCCCCAGGUGGCCGCCUUCGUGCGCGCCCAGGCCAACCGCCUGGCGCACCUGGUCCCGGAGCCCGACCGCCUGGCGGAGCAGCUGCCCUGGCUCAGCCUGGAUGCCCUCAAGUUCCGCGAGCGCGACGCCCUGGAGGCUAUGUUCCGCUUCUGGGCCGGCGGGGAGAAGGGGCCCGAGGCCUUCCCCAUGAGCCGCCUCUGGGACUCCAGGCUGCGUCACUACCUGGGCUCCCGUUACGACGCCCGGCGCGGUGUCAGCGACUGGGACUUGCACAUGAAGCUGCACGACCGUGGGGCCCGAGUCAUCCACACUCGCGAGUUCCGGCGUUGGAGGGACACGGGCGUCGCCUUUGAACUCAGAGACUCCAGCGCCUACCAUGUGCCAAACCGGACCCUUGCGUCUGGUCGCCUCCUGAGUCAUCACGGAGAGCGUGUCGCAGCGCGCGGGUACUGGGGGGACAUCGCCACGGGGCCAUUCGUGGCAUUUGGCAUCGAAGCGGAUGAUGACAGCCUCCUACGGACCAGCAACGGACAGCCAGUCAAGACCGCUGGUGAGAUCACUCAGCACAACGUGACGGAGCUGUUCCGAGAGGUGGCCGCCUGGGGGCGCCCGAGAAAGACCCUCGGAAACCCCAAGGAGGUGCAUCAAGACGGGGAUGGAAGCCCAGAGGGUAAGCGUCCUUCUUCCCCAGCUGUCCCUGCCCUGGAAUUCUUCACUGUGCACUUCCUACCUCUGGGCUCUGCCCAGACCCUUCACCACAGGAGCUGCUACAAGGAACGGUUCCAGCUUCUCUAUGUGGCCUGUGGGAUGGUGCAUCUUCUCAGCCCAGAUCUCGGGGCCUGCGUGGUCCCUGGAGGACGCCUGGUGGUGGAAUUAGCCCGGUACCUGGUGGACCUGCGGCAGGAGCAGCUGCAGGGGUUUGCCACCCGGGUCGGGGAGCUAGCUCGGGCGGCUGGGUUCACCCCCCGGCCCCAAGCCAGGCCCUCAGAGACCUUCGCACGCUUCUACAAGGCCCCGGACUCUGCUUGCCACCGCCCUGAUGCAGCUGUGGGCUCCGUGACUCCGCCCCCUGAGGUCCUGGUCCCGCCCCUUGAGGACCAGGGCCAGCCUCUGGAACGCAGGACCCCACCCUCUGGGCUCCUCAAGCAGCCCUCAGAGUCUCCAGCUCCACCCACAGAGAAUCAGACCCCAACACCAGAGAGUCUGACUACACUCCCAGAUGCCCGGUCCCCCAUCUCUGACUUGUAA